AUGGAUUUUGCGGAGACAAUUGCGGACUGCCAGCUCCUGGAUGUGGGCGCUAAUGGUUCUAAAUUCACUUGGGCAAGGGGGGAUACUUUGGAGAGGCUGGACCGAGUUCUUAUUGGUGAAGGAUGGGCGAACCUGUUCGAAUCCACGAGAGUUUCGAAUCUCCCUAGAAUUCUGUCUGAUCAUUGCCCGCUUUUGAUAAGGUGUCAGAUACCAGGACCUCGAGCUAAGCCAUCCUUUCGGUUUCAAAAUAUGUGGGUACGGCAUUCCUCGUUUUUGAAGGAAGUGGAACGGAGCUGGAGGGAGGAAACAGGUACUAGCGGUAUGAUCAAUAUCCAAAUCAAGCUCAGCCGGCUUAAGAAAAAUUUAAGAAUCUGGAACCGUGUGGUCUUUGGUAACAUUUUUGAAAAAGUAAGGAAAGCCGAGGUGGAGGCUAAGAAAGCCACGGAAAGAUAUGAUCAGAAUCCCGCUCCUGAGUUGAGAUCAGAAAUGCAGAGAUGGCUGCGGAAUUCUUACUAA